CCGGACUUACUUACUUGCUUGUUUACUUGUACGGUAGGUCUUGCAAGGCAGUGCCUCAGAGCAAGGGUGAUCCAACACUCCGAGACCAAUGUCCCUGUGCUGCAGGUCCACUUGACUAAUAUCCAAACAGGAUAAUAUUGUUCUUGGACACACUGGACACACUCAAACUAAAAUUCUGGCAAUAAAUUAACCAUAAAGGGAAGUAGUGAGAGAGAGAAAAAAGGAGAAAUCAGUAAUAGCAUCAACCUAAUAAAUGAAAACAUUUUGUGAAAUCCCAAACUCACGAUGAUCUAGAGAUGGGAGCCAUACAAGUUAUAGAGACAUGCAAGCUCAGAUCUUGUAACCUAAACUUGAGAUCUUCCUGCAUUCAGACAUUGCUCAUUUCCACGAAGAGACACCAUAUUCAUGGAGGAUGUCAAGGGUUACAGUUUGUAAAGUCACACUUUCACCAUCCUCUGUCAAGGAAGGAAUAACUAAUAGGUUUCAUGAAAGAUAAACUACAAGAAUGAAUCGUCGCGCUUCACCACUCUUCAGGUUAUUCUUAAGAAGUUUAGCAACAAAGAACCAAAAUCACAAAUUUGAUUUUGAUCUCGAUGUAGACGUGGCAAAUGGGCUGAAGAAUGGCUCCCUUAAGGCCCGCCACCACCCUGGGAGUUUCCGCAUCAAGCCAGUGUCCCUCCCUGAGCCCCUCAUACAGGCAGUGGAAACCAUUGUGAAAGCCUACCCAUGGAAGAGCCUGUCGAGGGAUGCCCAGAGUCUGAAUCAGUACAUCUGGUCGCGACACACUGCCACUGAGGACGGGGAAUACAAACACAAGUUGAAGGAAGUGGAGGAAAGAAUCAGAAGUAGAAGCUCUGUUGACCCUCUGGCUCCUGAGAUACCUGAAAAGGAAAGAAAACGGCUCCUGGAUUCCCUGGAGUCCAAAGUUCACUGGUGGAUGAAAAAGGAAGUGUACAAUUGGAAGGCAAUUGAUUAUGAUCCAUACAAGUGUGCCAUGUACCUUGCUGUACGCCUGGCACCAGACUUUGCUGCCCUAGUCAAGAUAAUGGCCGAGAUGAAGCAGCGGGACCCAGACUUUGCCCCACUCACUAUGCUGGACUUCGGGUCCGGGGUGGGCUCAGGCAUGUGGGCAGUGGACCAAGUCUGGCCUGGGUUGUGCCGGGAGGCUGUGUGUGUCGACAGGAGUGCAGACAUGAACGACAUGGCCGACAAGUUGCUGCGCGGAGGAGACCCCGACAACCCCCGCCUCGUGCGGCCAGGUGGGACCUUCUUCAAACAGUUUCUGCCCCAGUCCAGAUUACUUAAAUACGAUCUGGUGAUAUCUUCUCGCUCCUUGUUUGAGCUGCCAGACAUCACCAGCAGACUUAAAACAUUAGAUGUGUUAUGGCGUAAAACUUCUGGUUACUUAGUCAUCGUUGAGGCUGGAACUAAUGCAGGGUACAGGGUAGUGCAGGAAGCUCGAGAUUACGUCUUAGAGCUGAGCAGACAAGCUACAGAGAAAGGAGAAGCCCAUCCUGAGGGCUAUGUUUUUGCACCUUGCCCCCAUGAUAAGUUUUGUCCAAAGUUUUUUGAUGGCACUAAUGUCCCGUGUAAUUUUGAGGUUUCUUAUAAGCCUGCUUCCUUUGAGAAAGAUCAAACUGCUCACAUAGAUAGAUAUACCUAUAUAGUGUUAAAACGUGGUAAGAGGGGAGAAUCAAAUGAGAAAAAUUGGCCUCGACUUGUUGAAGCCCCUUUGAUUCGUAAGAAGCACACCAUUUGUCGAAUGUGCACUCACUCUGGCACCCUCAGAGAGUUGACAGCAACAAAGCGUAAACACAGCAAGGAAUGUUAUGGCCUUCUAAGAGCUUCUAAAUGGGGAGACUUGUUGCCUGUACAGAUGUCCGAGGUACCAGAGUCAGAGUGUGUGGACACUCCCAGUGACGGGGAGCUGAGUGAGCCGGAGGAAUCUGUUCAGAAUUAGUGUCCUCAUGACUGAUUUGGCGCCACUCCCUAAUGUAUCACCUCACCCUUCCACUCAACAUAUUGGAUAGAUACUCAUUUUCAUAUGUAUUUUAAGACUAAAAUGGGAACAUUCUUGUUGGAAUCAUUGAAGAUUUUAAAUGAUAUCAAAGAUGUAUAUAUGUAUUAGUAAAACAAAUGAUUAAAAAAUCUAUAACUUUA